AUGGGCUCUUUAAAAUCAUUUCAGAUUGCAAUAGCAUGGAUGGAAAAUGAAUGUAAAAAUUUAUAUAUUUGGUUUUUAACAAUACUUUAUAACAAAGUAUAUAAUGUUUAUAACUGUCUUCCAAGUGUGUUCAUGUCUAACAGAGAUCAAUCACUUAGAAAUGCUUCUAAGUUUUUUCAGAACGAUGACAAUUAUGAAGUAUUUAAAAAUAAAGUUAAAGCUUUGGAUCUCACUUUUGAUAAAAAGAACAUAGAAUUAGCAAUAGAAUCUGUUAAGCAAGUUGCAAAAAAAGCAUGUAAUCCAAAAAAGCCUCUAGCCUAUGUUAAAUCUUUAAUGAAAGAUUCAAAAUUAUGGAUAUAUGCAGAUACAAAGUAUUUCUGUCAUAUGGGCAUCUCAACUACUGCUUGUGCUAAAAUGUCAUAUAGUGCUUUCAAGCGAGCAAUUGAAACUGCCAGUGACUUGAAUUUGGUUUUUGAAAAAAUUGAUUAG